CGGCGGACGUCGGGGCAAGCGGCCCCCGUGACGUCGUCGUGCUGAGGAGCGCUUUAAAGUGCGGCCCGGGCGGGGCGUCCGAGGGUCGGUCGGCGGCGUCGAGGCGGGCGUUCGCGGCAUGCCCCGUGGCCCGCGCCCUCCCCGCCUUCCGGUCACGCAUGGAGGCCCGGCGCUGAGCGAGCGCGCCCUCCCCGCCGCCGCCUGCACGAGCGCCAUGCCCGGCCGCCCCGGCCUGCCCGGGGGAGCCUAAGGGGUCGCGUCGCGGCGGGGCGAGCGGGAGCAGGAGCGGGAGCAGCAGCAGCAGCAGCAGCAGCAGGAGGCGGGUGGCCAUGGCGGCCGCCGGCGGCUACACGGACCUGCGCGAGAAGCUCAAGUCCAUGACUUCCCGGGACGGCGCCAAGGCGGGCGGCCGGGACGCCGCGGCCGCCGCCGCCGCCGCCGCCGCCGCCGCCGCUGCCGUGGCCGCCGCCGCCGCCGCCGCCGCGGCCGCCGGGGCCAACAAGCGCAAGUACGCCGAGGACUCGGACGCCGAGCGCAGCGACUACGAGGAGCAGCAGCUGCACAAGGAGGAGGAGGCGCGCCGGGUCAAGAGCGGCAUCCGGCAGAUGCGCCUCUUCAGCCAGGACGAGUGCGCCAAGAUCGAGGCCCGCAUCGACGAGGUGGUGUCCCGCGCCGAGAAGGGGCUCUACAACGAGCACACGGUGGACCGGGCCCCGCUGCGCAACAAGUACUUCUUCGGCGAGGGCUACACGUACGGCGCGCAGCUGCAGAAGCGCGGGCCGGGCCAGGAGCGCCUCUACCCGCCGGGCGACGUGGACGAGAUCCCCGAGUGGGUGCACCAGCUGGUCAUCCAGAAACUCGUGGAGCACCGCGUCAUCCCCGAGGGCUUCGUCAACAGCGCUGUCAUCAACGACUACCAGCCGGGCGGCUGCAUCGUCUCGCACGUGGACCCCAUCCACAUCUUCGAGCGCCCCAUCGUGUCCGUGUCCUUCUUCAGCGACUCGGCGCUCUGCUUCGGCUGCAAGUUUCAGUUCAAGCCCAUCCGGGUGUCGGAGCCCGUGCUGUCCCUGCCCGUGCGCAGGGGGAGCGUCACGGUGCUCAGUGGGUAUGCUGCUGACGAGAUCACGCACUGCAUACGGCCUCAGGACAUCAAGGAACGCCGCGCCGUCAUCAUCCUCAGGAAGACCAGACUAGAUGCUCCCCGGCUGGAAACCAAGUCCCUGAGCAGCUCCGCAUUGCCACCCAGCUACAUCUCGGACCGCCUGUCAGGAAACCACAGGGACCCUUCUCUGAAGCCCAAGCGAUCCCACCGCAAGGCAGACCCAGAUGCAGCCCACAGGCCGCGGAUCCUGGAGAUGGACAAAGAGGAGAACCGCCGCUCGGUGCUGCUGCCCACGCACCGGCGGAGGGGCAGCUUCAGCUCCGAGAACUACUGGCGCCAGUCCUACGAGUCCGCGGAAGACUGCUCGGAGGCGGCGGGCAGCCCUGCCCGCAAGGUGAAGAUGCGGAGGCACUGAGGCCCGGCCCCGGGGAACUCUGGCCCAUCCUCACCGAGCUGCCCCUUUGUGUUGAGGGUUUGCUUUUUGUUUUCUGUUGGUUUUUUUCUUCCUUGAUCCUAUAUAUUGUUUCCUUGGUUUGUUGCCUGUGAAGGCUGACAAGAAAGGCCCAAGAGCUGGGCACUCGUGUUCUUGAUUUUCCUCCUUGGUGGAAAGGCUGUUGGUGUGCGUAGGGGACGGAGGCUUGCGCUGGGGGAGCCAGCACAGGUGUAGGGGCUGUGUCAAACUGGGUUUAUUUAAAAGAAACAAUGUUUUGGUUCAGAAAAUCCUUGUUUUGCUUUCAUUGUAAAUCUGCAGUUUCUAAACAGUUGAUCCUCCUUGCCCACUCCUUGGCUCCGUUGCUCUCUGCACUGGGUGGAGGUGCCCGGAGUGCCCGCCGUCCCCUCCCCUCGCUGCUCUCAGGCCCCGGAAGCUCACAUAAACGCCCUCUCCUCCUGCCGUGGCAGAGCUCUUCAGGUUGGCAGGUUGGGUGUGCUCAGUGCCUGCUGCUGGCCCGCAGUCCCCGGGCUGCUCCUUCCAGGCACGUGCGUGCGGUUGUACAGUUAGGGUUGCCACAUCGGGUCAGUUUUAGGAGUCGUUUCUAGCUAGAAGGACGCAUGUCCUUCCAAGUCUAGCUUUUGGGAUAUGGGAAAUUGUUGUGGUGUGUGGUAGGGUUUUGUUUUGAGUUGUGGUUUUUUUUU